AUGGACAAGUAUGGUCUCAAGGCACUUUUACCUCUUAUAAGGCGUGAAGAUCAAAGCCCAGAUUAUGAUCCCUCUAUGACACUAGGAAUCGAUCUCACACCGGUACUUCAAUCGUUGGGAAUUUCCAGCAAUGCAAAUGGCAGACAAAGAGUUCUAGAUACGUUUCCCUCACCUUGGGUAGAAACGUCGCGCAGCGAAGUGGAACCUCGGUUUUUCGUACCCGAAUCCUUCACAAAGAUCCCAAGCGUACUGCAAUCUUCGGGGUCCAAAAAUCCGGUUUUUAACUCGGUCCAGCAGGAUCAUGCUAAAAUCUCGCUCUUCCAGGACGAAACACUUUUUUACCUCUUUUACAAGCAUCCAGGCAGCGUUGUGCAGGAACUGACGUAUUUGGAGCUCCGCAAGCGGAACUGGAGGUACCACAAGACUCUCAAGGUAUGGCUAACAAAAGACCCAAUGAUGGAACCAGUAGUAGCACCAGGAGGUGCAUCCGAAAGAGGAUCAUAUGUGUUCUUUGAUCCACAGCGUUGGGAGAAGUGCCAGCGGGAUUUCGUGCUCUUCUACAACGCAAUAAUGUAA